AUGAAUAAGAUACUUGGACUGACAGCAUCACCUGGUGUUGGGAAUUCAAAGAACAUGGUGCAGGCUAAAUGCUACAUCACAAAGCUCUGUGCAAACCUAGACUGCAGAAUAUCACGACCUAAGAUCUAUGCUCACGAGCUUAAUGCGAGGAGUAGGUCACCCAAGGAAAUUCAAAUAAUGGUGAAAGGAAGACCUCUUGAAGAUCCUUACUUCCGUGAGAUCGGUGUCAUCAUGGAAUGCAUCGAAGAUAAAAUCAAAGUCGUGGAAGCCGGAAGAGCGCUGAUGAAAGAAAAUGACGAAUUCACUAAAAUGGUAUCUCGCCGUGGUACGCAAAGCUAUGAACAGGGUGUGGUCAAUUUGAAGAAGAAGAUUCAACAAACGAUAGAGAAUGGAGACGACAGGAGGGAACUAAUGACAUGUGUGAACUACCUAAGGGUAAGCUAA